AUGGUAUCCGAGUUUUGCUGGCGAACACACUGUCUUGACUUUGCUGAGAUUGUGCUUCGUGAAAUUGAACCGGUACUUGUACAUUUGGGUACAGAUCUCCUUACUUUAGUGAAGCAAAGCUUACAAGAUGCAGAAGGACGGUGUUCAGAUACACUGGAACGACUGAACCAAGUGUCUCGUCAAUAUGAAGAGCUACGUGUGGCUGAAAGUGCACGAAUUGGAUAUCAGUUGCCCGUGGAAAUGAUGGCAAGUGCUGUACAGGACUUUGCUCUUCCGUUUAAUGAAGAGACCGAUUCACGCUUGCAUUACCGGACACCUGUAGAAUCACUUUUGUAUACGAACCGUGAGAAGAUCCGGGACGGCUUUCUGAGUUUAUUGCGCCAAUUCCAGCAGAAACAGCAUAGUUUGAUAGGUAUCGAUAAUGCAGGUGUAGCAGCAGCAGCUAUAGCAGCGGCACGAGAGUUGCUGGCGGAAGUGUCACCAGAGAAUAGGUGGUGGUUUGCCAAGUUUUUCGUCCAGGAGCUGAUCCAGGUUGGUUCAAAUCCGUUCGGCGAGAGCGACAAAGAUCUUGUGUUGAAGAUUAUGGAGGAUAAGCUCGUGGUGAAGAAUCCGGACCGACUGCGCAAGUUACAUCGACGUUUUUCGAGUCAGAAGCCAUCAACUAAACUACCACAACGGCACAUGCAAGGCUGCGGUAGUGGGUCAAGCGGCUCGAGCAGUAGCAGCUACAGGACCAGUGGAAAAGGAAGCAGCAACUCUCAACGGACAAACCGUCCAGGCCCUCAAACUAUUAGCAACGAGGACGACGCUACUAAGACUUUCAUGGCGACUCUGGAACGCAUGAAGAGCUUCUUUACGGACAACCAGCUCUUCUUCUUCCACUUCCUGCACAGUUGUGACAGCUACGAGUUCUCGGAGCUUGUGAAGCACCAGCUCGAGCGACAAUUUCACGUAAUUCGCAGAGCCAGUGCUGCUUCACUUGACGCUCGCAAAGACUUUACGGAAGUGGUACUGAGGCUCAAGGUCGUGGCAAAGUUCCUAGGGUAUCUUCGCUUUUCACCGCAGUGGCAAGUUACAUUCUCGAUUCGUCAGCUUUCUGAGCAUAAUGCUGCAUUCAAGGCUGUGGAGCGUGAGGGAAUCGACACGCUAGAAGUGGCUCGUGACUCAAGCUUGGAUGUCAAAACCUUGCUCGAAAACAGUAUCAUGCAAGCAUCAAUUUCCAAGUGCGUUCCAUGGCUCUGCGACUUCCUAUCGAUGCUGUCACUCGACAGACUGUCUUCGGGUACGACAUACUUUAAACAGCUUGUGGCAUUACUACAGCUCUUAUAUCGCUCGCCGCGAUUAAACUCUUUAGGCGAGACUGGGCUCUACAUCGCGAUGCAGCUUGAACGCGUCUUUCACGUAUUACACAUGGGCGAUUGCUUUUUGCACAACGAUGGCUAUCAAUCUCAAGAACUGUCCUUGUCUUUGCAAGUCCGUAAAGCACUAGCACGUGAGCAUGAUGUUUCGCCCGAGGAGUCGAAAGCUGGAGCAGGAGAAGACCACUUGCCAUUCUUGUACAGCCAAGUGUUCGUGCAAAGCUGUGUAAGCGAACUUGAUGACUUGCGUGGAUUCAUCCAGACUCGCGCAAGCAAGAAGCUCUCGGUUGGCUCGGGAACAAUGACAACAAAACAAACUAUAGCACCUAUCCGCAAACUUCGACCCUUGCAAGUCGUAAUCGAGGACGAUCACCGCGUAGACACAAUUUUUUCGUUUGCUGUCAAGUCUGAUGAUGCUGUGCAUGCUACCUUACCAGAGAUAAAACUACCAACCGCAUCGUUGCUCAGUAGUUUUGUGCCAUUGCAAGAAGAGAAUGAUAAAUUGUCUGAUGCACUGUUCAAGAUGCACCCGAAGUUAAAAUCUGUUGUGGACUUUGUGGUUCGGACUGUUACGAUGGACGUGUGUGAACAUGUCCUAGCGAAUGUUGUUAUGCCACGGGCUGACACUCUCGUGGAUCGGUGUGCAUCUGAUAGUGGCCUGCUUAGUAUCGGGAAAAGUGCAUCAUCAUCAGUAGGUGAAGAUUCUGCUUUCGCUGCACGAGCUUCAUUUCAGAUGCUUAUAACAUCAAAGACUCGCAAUGAGGCGAACUCGACUGUUGUGGCAGCUCUGCAGAUAGCUCUUUCUCUCGGAGAGGAACGUGUGAACACUUCAAUUCCUCCGUUCAUGUCUCCGUCUUCACAUCCCACGCUGACCAACUCAAUCAUGUCCGUUGCGCUGCAGCGCACCAUGUCCACUUUGAAAACACUGGUUCCGAAAAGCUCCCAGACAGAGUUUGUAAAGCGGAUAGCCUUCCGGAAGAAGAGUCUCUUAAAAGAACUCGGGUUCACUUCGAAGGUGACAGCCGCUGCGCUUCCUGCGUCUGCAACACUAUCAAACACAAGUAGAGGACCAACUCCAGCACAAAACACGGUGACAAACGUCGAGAUACAAGAAACGCCACCUGAGGAAGGGAAGCGGUAUCGAGAACUGAAGCGGUGCGUUGCUGCCAUUUUGACAAGUGCCAACUACAAUGGAUCGAGAAAGUCAACUCUUGCUGAGUGGGAACUCCAAGCCAUCACGCUUUCACAGUCUGUGUCACAUUUCACCGCCUCGCUCAGAGAUUGCGUGGUAUCUCGUGACUUGACUCGUGAUCCAGCGUCUCCACUAAGUAUUGCGGCACUCGGACUCUGGGACAUUGUUUGGCGUGCCAUGACAUCAUGCGUGACGUUUCUGAGGUCAUCACUGGAUGUGUUUGCUGCCUGUGAGCUCUUGUCAAUGCAUAAAGAGCGAGUGAUGACGGUCGAAAAGGUGUUUAUUGCAUUUGCCACCACUUUCUCAGCAAUGCUCGAAACGAUCGUGUGCUGUGUCGGAAACACUCCAGGAACAGACAUUGCAGUAUCUCGUUUACAGCCCAUGCUUGUGUUUCUUGUGGACUGCAUGAAGAAUCUGCCACCCGCAGUCUCGGACCAGAACGAGUUACUAGGAAAAUUUGCUGUCCGAGCGAAUUCGCUGAUCGUUGCAAAACUGCAGGAAGUGAUGUCAUAUAGAGCUAGAACCAGUGACUAG